AUGUACUCGACGCAAUCCACAAACGGUCUUGGGGUCAAUGACGGAGGUACUAUUAAUCCAGCUGCACUGUCAGGAGUUUUGAGCAACCCCGGCGCGAACGUAAACCAAGAUCAGAUACCACGAGGGCUGAAGCGUAGUCGAUCGCCGGAUCAAUCUGGAGAUUUACAGCAAAGCGAGAAUUGGGGAGAUGGUGGUGACUCAAAGUCGCGAAAGCGAGGACGACCGAUGAAGCCAACACGUCCUGGUGUGCUGGAAAGUCCGAAUCAGUUGUCAAUGCCUCUACCUCAGCAACAAAUUAUCCCACCUCCCCAGACGCCUCAAGCGCAAACAGCAAACCUACCCCCUCAAUUAAGCAAUGUGACGCCAACUCAAUCUUCACCACCCAAGGCUACUCCUACAAAGACAGUUAUCAAGGCACUACCGACGGUGCGCGAUCAUACUACAGACCAGCUUGGUGCUGAAGGCGAUGAAUACGUUCCCAGGGAAUACGAUGAUGCUGGGGAGAAGAAGGUCACUCAGACUGGACAGCUUAUGGACGGACGCGAAUACAGAUGCAGGACAUUUUUCGUGCCAAACAGAGGCGACAAAUUGUUCAUGCUUGCUACGGAAUGCGCCCGAGUAUUAGGCUACCGAGAUUCAUAUCUUCUUUUCAACAAGAAUCGGUCUCUGUACAAAAUCAUCGCCACCCAAGCUGAAAAGGAAGACUUGAUCAGCCAAGAGAUAUUGCCUUUUUCUUAUCGAUCCCGUCAGAUUGCUAUCGUCACGGCGAAGUCCAUGUUUCGACAAUUCGGCAGUAGAGUAAUCGUCAAUGGAAGACGCGUGAGAGAUGAUUAUUGGGAAUCGAAAGCUCGAAAGCAAGGAUUUACCGAGGAGGAUAUGGCCGGAGAAAAACGGCCCGGUGCUGCGAAAGCUAGAGAAUCUGCAGCCGCAGAAGCUACUGCCAACGCUUCUCUUGCUCUUGGACAUCACGGUGACAUCGUUUACAGCAAUACUCCUGGCCACUAUCCGACACACCCACCAGGCGCACAGACACAAGGUAUCCAACAAGGCAUGAUCGGUCCACCAGGAAGCGCUACAACUUUACCAAUGAUUACAUUAGCCCCCGAGCAACCGGACAUGCGUCUACGAGAUUAUAGUAACAUUCAACGUCCACGACAGGAGAUUACCGGGCCAGCUUAUCAAGACCGGACUCAGACAAGCCCUCCAACCGAUCUUUUAUCCGGAGCCCAUCAAGCUGCUGAGUAUAACAAGCAGGUCAACUCUCAAAGGAGCAGAAGCACCGAAUUUCACGACCGACGUUGGAGACAACCACAUGAGCCUCCACCAACUCUUGUGCAACAGCAGCAGCAGCCACCGCAACCGGUGGGAACCAAUGAUGGGCUACCAACAACUCAGACUCUUCAAUCACCACGUAUCGCACAGAACAAUCCCCAGCAAUCAAACAUGCCUCAGUCGGCGCCUCAACACAUGAUUGCUGGUCAAAAUUAUUCGCAAGCCACACAUCAGCCAAAUCCGAUUGCUCAAUCUCCAAUGCGAGCUACAAACCCCGGACCAAUGAGACCUGAUCAGCUAGGAAGAUCGCCUGGCCUUCCUAUGGGAACAAGUACACUUGCUCAAGCAGGAAAUCCAUAUGCUUUUGCUCCUCAAACACAAAUGUGGCCACCAUCUCAACCUCAACAAUCUCCAGGAGGAUAUUCUAACUAUACCCCACAUGCCUCCCAACAAUCCCCUCAUCUUCAGCAAUCGCCGCACCAACCUCCGCCACAACUGCGACAUGCUGGCAGUAAUCCACAGAUGCAACCGGCGUUGCAAUAUCCAGGAAUGCAAAGUCUUGGGCCAGGAUAUCCGGCUCCCGGACGAGGUCUUUACCAGCAAGAUCAAAGUCCACAGCAAUACAUGCAGCCCACUACAUCCGGACCUCAGCCAGGCGCUCAAGGUUGGGCACAGCAGCCACCUCCAGGCUCUACAACCUCAUGGGGCUGGACCGGCCAAAGCCAAUGA